AGGAGGAGCCGGGGGUCGGAGCCAUCUCUGGGCUGUGCAGCCCGGAGCUGGGGCGGGGUUGGGUGGGCAUCGGAGCUGCAGAGGUGUAGGGUGACAGGGUGGGGGAUGGUCCUGCCCCCCGGGGAUUGCUAGUGCCCUGGGAGGGCGGUGACGGGCGCUUAGGGGGCAGCCUCGGGCAGGAGGCAUGGGCGAGUUUGGGGGUGCCGGGCGUGGCCUGCUCGCCCUGGCCUUGCUGGGGCUCUGCCUGGUGUGGCCCGGGCACCCCAAGAGAGCCCCCAAGCCUCCCCCUUGCCCGCCCAGCUGCUCCUGCACCAGGGACACCGCCUUCUGUGUGGAUUCCAAAGCGGUGCCCCGGAAUCUGCCCGGUGAAGUCAUCUCUCUGACCCUGGUAAACGCUGCCUUCUCGGAGAUCCACGAUGGAGCUUUUUCUCACCUGCCGCUCCUGCAGUUCCUGUUACUCAAUUCCAACAAGUUCACUCUGAUUGGGGACAACGCCUUCAUGGGACUCUCUCACCUGCAAUACCUCUUCAUCGAGAACAAUGACAUCUGGGCACUGUCCAAGUUCACCUUCCGAGGGCUCAAGUCUCUGACGCACCUCUCACUGGCCAAUAACAACUUGCAGGCGCUGCCCAGGGAUGUCUUCAGGCCCCUGGACAUCCUGAGUGAUCUUGACCUGCGGGGCAACGCUCUGAAUUGCGACUGCAAGGUGAAAUGGCUGGUGGAGUGGCUGGCACAGACGAACACCACUGUGGCUCCCAUUUACUGUGCCAGUCCGCCCCGCUUCCAGGGGCACAAGGUUCAGGACCUCCCCAUGCGGGAGUUUGACUGCAUUACCACUGACUUCGCGCUUUACCAGACGUUGCCCUUCCCGGCGGUGUCCGCCGAGCCCUUCUUCUACGCCAGCGACCUCUACAUGGCUCUGGCCCAGCCCAGUGCCAGUUCCUGCACCAUCCUCAAGUGGGAUUAUGUGGAACGGCAGCUGCGGGAUUAUGAUCGCAUCCCAGCCCCCUCGGCGGUGUACUGCAAGCCCCUGGUGGCAGAAGGCCAGCUGUACGUGGUGGUGGCUCAGCUGUUCGGCGGCUCCUACAUCCACCGCUGGGACGCCCACACCAGCCGCUUCGCCAAGCUGCAGGACAUCGACCCCCAGCGCGUGCGCAAGCCCAACGACCUGGAGGCCUUCCGCAUCGACGGCGACUGGUUCUUCGCGGUGGCCGACAGCUCCAAGGCCGGGGCCACCAGCCUCUACCGCUGGCACCAGAACGGCUUCUACUCGCAGCAGACCCUGCACGCCUGGCACCGGGACACGGACCUGGAGUUCGUGGACGGGGAGGGCAAGCCCCGGCUCAUCGUGUCCAGCAGCUCGCAGGCCCCCGUCAUCUACCAGUGGAGCCGGGCCCAGAAGCAGUUCGUGGCGCAGGGCGAGGUGAGCCAGGUGCCCGACGCCCAGGCCGUCAAGCACUUCCGCGCGGGCCGGGACAGCUACCUGUGCCUCAGCCGCUACAUCGGCGACUCCAAGGUCCUGCGCUGGGAGGGCGCCCGCUUCUCGGAGGUGCAGGCCCUGCCCUCCCGCGGCUCUCUGGCCCUGCAGCCCUUCCUGGUGGGAGGCCGCCGCUACCUGGCCCUGGGCAGUGACUUCUCCUUCACCCAGGUCUACCAGUGGGACGAGGGGAAGCAGAAGUUCAUGCGCUUCCAGGAGCUGGCGGUGCAGGCCCCCCGGGCCUUCUGCUACGUGCCCGCCGGCGACGCCCAGCUGCUGCUGGCCCCCAGCUUCAAGGGGCAGACCCUGGUGUAUCGCCACGUGGUGGUGGAUCUCAGCGCCUAGAGGGGCCGCCGUGGACCCCGGGACUCCUCUGGAAGGAGACCGGGUCCCGUGUGGCCAGCAUGUUGUGCCCACGUGGAUACGGGGAGGGGGGCGGGAGCGGGUGGGAAGGGGGGACGACGCACACAGGCGCACGUGCCGUCCGACUAAAAUACACUCGGGGUGGUCGCCCGGAAGAUACGCGCAAUAAGCAUCGACGUAGCCAACAGGCACACAGCUACCGGUCUCUCACACGUACACACACGGGCACCUUCGUAUGUGUGGCUGCCAUCUCCGCCCACACAACAGGACGCCCCUCUCCCCCAUUUGCCUGCCUCCCGCUCUGUCUUCGGAGGCCGCACCCAUGUAGUCUUCUCCCCACCUUCGGCGCCCGCGCUCCUGUACUCUCCCCGCUCUCAAAGGCCACCCCGGUGUCCUCUCCCCACUUUCAGCCGCUGCGCCCAUGUACUCUCCCCACUUUCAGCGGGCCUCUCGAGAUCCCCCUGGAUUCUAGCUGCGUACGUGGCCCGACUGCUCCUUUUCCUAGCAUUCACAGUGUUUCCUUCUGGAGCUGCAGAGCCAUUCAACUCAUAUCUGUGACUUUGCAUUUCAGCCCUUAGGUGGACGCUCGCUUCGUUGCCUACCGUCUCUGGCUCUGAGCUCGUGCCGCACGUGCACCCGCUCACUCGAAUACAUCCAGUCUUCGUCUUCGGGGCUCUCCCUCCACUUUCCUGUCGGUUGGGUUUAUCACCCUCGCCUCUUUCGCUCAUCCGAGCCGCUUUAGUCCCUAACCUGAGCAAGGACCUGGGCCGUGGGACCUCCCGGCGCCCAUCCUUGCGAACCAAUCUCCUCUCCUUCCCAGGAAAGAGUCGUCUCUAAAGCAAUAAGAAAACUAAAGGUCUAGCGCUGCACUCCCCGCCGCCCCCCACCCUCGACUCCCCCCGCCCCAGCACCACCCCCCACGCUCCGGGGAUACCUUCUGAGGAGAACCUGGUUGGCUGAGAGAGAAAUCUGUGCCAUUCCAGCCCCGUCCUCAGUUCUGCUGCCCAUCGGGGUGCCACCCGGGGCCGAUCGGAGCGGAAAAGCUCUGUGCUGAGGGAGAGCUGAUGGGGGACGGCUGUAGGUAUUCCGGGUUAUAUUUCCACCUCUGUUAAACAGGUCUGGACCUGGGAAUAUUUCCUGGUCUCACCCCACCAUGCCAUUCUUAUCGACACCUCCCCCGCCCCCACACAUGCACACUCCUACCCACCCACCUACCCACCCAUUCACCCCCAGGAUGCCCCAGUGAAACGCCGGAGAGGCGGGAAGUCUUCGGGAGGCGUCAAGAGCGGAGCUUUUGCUGCCAUCUGCUGAGCACUGACAGUGUAGAGUACGGCAGAGGGCAGAGGGGCAGAGGGACCCUCAGAGACCUGCCCACGGCUGGAGGGGCUUGGGGAGCAGUCGCCUACUAUGCCCCCUACUAACGCUCUCUCACCCAACUGGCAAUUUCAGGGGUACUCGCUUGAGCCAGGGCAGUGCCAGGGACUUCUCUGUCCCUGUUCAAGCCCUUAGUCCAGCGCUCUGCCCACAGCUAAACGCUCAAUAAAUGCCACCGUUGAAGGUGAUGAUGAUGUUCACCAUCAGAAAACAGCAGUAGUCCCGGCAACCUCUACCAAGCCUCUAGCAUCCCAUACCCCAUAUCCUUCCAGAGCCGGGGAUGGGAACAUCUUCCAGAUUGUCUUCCCUGGAGGCCGGAGAACUUCGGGUCAGGAGGAGUCCGUACGUGGCCACCCAGAUGCCCGUGACCCGUUGACAACGCCUGGGCCUGACUCAUGGGGCUUGCUGUGCGUUUUCCUGUGGAGACAGGCUUAGGAGGGGCAACUCGUGAGACCGGACCUGGGGGAGAGAGCACCUCCUAGGAGCUGAAAAGGAAACGAAGCGCUGGGGAUGGUUGAACGAAGACCUAGGGAGCUAGUUCGGGGAUAGGAAGGGAGGGGGUGGGAAGGGAGAAGGGCAAGAGGGGGGAGGGCGAGCCCAUCGCCGAAGCGGUCCGAGAAAGGACCGGACCUAGGUGAGAGACAACGAUCGGCAUUCGGCCCUGUGUCCCCAAUGCCCAGCCCCCACUCUUAGGGCCGAGGGCAACUUAACACAUGGUCAGUUCAGCAAUUCGAAGACCCAGGAUAAAUCUCUGUCCUUGCUUAAGGUCCCAGGCCUGGGACUAACCAACCCUUACCGCCUUGGUUUAGGACUGUGGCCCCGUGAGCCACACAGUCUUGGCACAACCCUCUCCUAUCUUCUGGGAGCGACCGGAACCCCUCGAUGAUCUCGCCCGAUCCUUGGCACCUUUCUUUAGCUUCCUCGCCCCUCCUCUUCCUAGCUCCCCGCCCCUCCCGCACACACCAUUUCCGGCCGGCCAUUUUAUCCGGUCCCGCCGGCCUCCCCGAAGCCUCGUGCCCGACUAGCUCCCCUCGGCUGCCCGCUGAUGGCUGCCGUUGGGGGUGGAGGGUGGCACCCCACCUCGCGCUUCUCGGGAAAGGGGUGGCCAGGGAAAUGGGCCAACACCCCUAAGCAACAGCACACGCUGCCGGGCGGGAGGACAAGCACCACCUUGCCCACUGUUUCUCCGUGGAGUCCCGGGCUCGGCUUCCAACGGCCGAGGGGAGUCGGAGGCCCGCUGCAGGCCUGUCCAACUGUUUGGGCCGCCACGGGGGAGCUUAGCAACGCCAGUGUAACCGGGCAACUGUGUCAACAGCCUCAGGAUCGAGGGUUCGGAAAGGCAGAGUCCACUGCCCUGGCCUCAACCAAAGGAACACGUGAACACCCAUCCCCCACCGUCCUCUCACUGUCCCCCCCACCACUCUGAAUUCAAGUCAUUUUAUACAGUAAAAAAAAAAAAUCCAUUUUUGCGAUGCUUGAGGGCACAGCCAACUAUGCCAUAUUCUAGAGUAAGUUGAGAGAGUCUGGGUUGAUCGGCUCGGGAUGGGAAAACUUUUCAGGAGAGUCUACUUCAAGGUUCGGGCAACGAGGCCGCACGGUCAGACCGCUCGGCUACUUUGGUCGGUGAUAUCGGCCAGGUACGAGGGCGGUGGAAUGUCGGUCCCUCUGGUCAAGUUUCCCCCUAUUUCCCAGCUGUUUCUCACACUCAGUAAUACCAAUAAAAAUGAUAAUAAUGGUAAUUAA